AUGGCUCUCUCAUGUUUGCGGUUAUGUCCCAGACAAAUGACUUCAGGACUCCAGGUCUGCGGUUAUUCCACUCUCAGUAAAGCGUCCAGACCCCAGGAGAAGACCAGCAGCGAUCCGGUCUUUCAGUAUGUCGGCCAGCACAGAAAACCAAACCACAAAGUCUUUGUUUGGGGCUUCAGCUUCACCGGCGCUCUGGGGAUCCCCAGCUUUGUGGCUCCCGACAGCGGCAGGAAGAAACCCCGCAAAUACCAGCUCACGCCUUACCGUCUGGAGACGACAGAGCAGGUGAAAACCAGCAUCACUGCGGAUUAAAUUCACCUGAGUGAAUGAUCCUGAGCUUGAUCUGUUAUGUGAUGUAUUUAAAUGAUGUGAUAUUUUCAUGGUCAUGAACCACAGAAGGACAGAAUAAUAAGGACUCGUGAUGAUUGUCGUCUUAUAUUAACGGCUUAUUUAAGUGUGGAGAAGUGAUGCGGCUGAACUCAUCUGCUCCUCCUCUGUAGAUCUCGUCUGCUGCUUGUGGUUACGGCUUCACCCUCAUCGCCUCCCGGACUAAAGAUGUGAUCAAGCUGUGGGGCAUGGGCCUGAAUAAGGACUCUCAGCUGGGCUUCCAACGCACGCAACACAGCCGCCGUGAGUCAGACCUCGUUUCCUGUUGAGAGCGUUGACAGUUUUCCUUCACUGUAGAAAAAAAACGAGGUGACACUCAGCUUUUCAAAAUAAAAGGAGGAUUCAAGAGGGUUUUAAAAUGCUGAAGGUGUCAGAAGAUAAAAUUGAGCUUUCGUUCAGACGCUCUUUAACCUUCAGUAUCUUAAAUAUUAGAUCAGUGCAGCAUCUUCUCCUCACCCUGUUUUUCUGACUCUUUAACGUCUGCAGAUCAGAGCUACGACUACGUCCUGGAGCCCUCACCUGUAGCUCUGCCUCUCGCUGAACCUCAGGAGACCCGGGUGGUUCAGGUGUCAUGCGGCCGCGCUCACUCUCUGGUCCUUACAGACUCUGAAGGAGGUAAGAGAGUCGCCGUUUCCUCCUGUCUGGAUGAAAGUUCACAGAAACCGCUGUUUGGGGAAUCGACAGCAGACUCAUCCUUCUCUACCUGAACAUCCUUUGCUGCGACACUGCGGUUACAUUUAUUUACCAGAUAAGUUCCUAAACCUUUGAGGGAUAAAAGCAAAGUCGUUUUUCUUCAGUCGCUGAAUCUCUGCAGAAAAACACGAAGCUCGGCGGUCACGCUCAGCUCGUUUAUGGUGCAAACUCGUCGAUUCAGUCUCAGACUUUUGCCCCUAAAACAAAAGUGAAGUCAGCGGGGAAACAAAUAAAUCAAUCUGUGAUUUUUACCUCCUCUUGUUUUCUGUGUUUUCUCUCUCUGACAGUUUUCAGUAUGGGGAAUAACGCGUACGGACAGUGUGGGAGGAGGAUCGUCGAAGAUGAAGUCUACAGGUGAGACACAAAGAUAUCCCCGUUCAGUUAAAAACCAACAGUCUGUCGUCUCUACCUGCAUAAAGAUUCAUUAGACUGGAUAUUUUUGAGCCUUAAAUCAAGUGAAAAAUACUGAAAGUAGACGUUGUGACAGCGCGGCUGCAGUGAUGGAUUCUCUCUCUCUCUCUCUCUCCGGUCUGAACAGCGGCAGUCACAUCAUUCAUAAGAUGGAUGGUUUUGACAGCAGAGUGGUCCAGGUGAGAGCAGCUCUGAUGACGGAUGAUCCUCUCCUCUCUCUCUUCCUCUAAAAGACCGUCAGCGAGGAUCACACUCCACCUCGCUGUUUAUACACGAGGAGCUAAUUUAACUCUACGCUAAUAUCAGAGACGCUCAAUCUUAAAAUCUGACUUUUACGCUCGAAGUUCGGUCGAACUUGACUCUGAAGAAUUUAGAUUUAUGAUCAUGUUUGAAAUUAGUUUACGUUUGCUUUGGGAACUUGUUUAAAUAUUUGGGUGGAGAUCUAAAUGUGCGUCACUCAGUCCGUUUUCAUGACACUCGAGAAAACCGAAUUAUCGCCUUAUUCCGAUUAAGACCGGACAACUGAAGGUCGCCCCCUAGUGUUGGGGAGGAGGACACGUUCACGUCAAUAAUUGGAUUUUCUCAGCUGCAUGUAAACGAGGACGAGGAGAGAAGUCUGAUUCAGAGAAAAAAAGAGAAUUAUGAGUUUAGUCUGAUUAAACUGAGACUGUACGUAUUGACUGAGUGGAUGUUAGCUGGUGUCCCGACUGUAGUUGACGUCCAUCCAUCUGUCUGUCUGUCCAGGUGGCGUGUGGACAGGACCACAGCCUCUUCCUCACCGAGACAGGGAAGGUCUUCUCAUGUGGAUGGGGCGCAGACGGACAGACGGGUCAGUGCUCUUCAGGAUUCAGGGGGUUUAACAGAGACAGACGACAGCUCUGUGGUCUGAUCGGUGUUUUCCUUCACUGCUGUCCAGGUCUGGGACACCACAGCGUGAGCUCCAGCCCCGUGGAGGUGGGAGGGGAUCUGGCGGGGGUGAAGGUGCAGCAGGUCAGCACAUACGGGGACUGCAGCCUGGCCGUGUCUUCAGACGGAGAGCUGUUUGGGUGGGGGAACUCCGAGUACCUGCAGCUGUCCUCGGUCACCGAGUCCACACAGGUGAGGAUCCAAAGCAGGGGUGUCAAAGUCAAAUGGACGAAGGGCCAAAUAAAAAAUUUAGCUACAAGCCGAGGGCCGGACUGAUCGAAUGUUCAUUGAAAAUUUUUUAAAUGAUGCAUGUAGUCUAGUUAAACUAAUUGAACCUACUGAAAACCUAACAAAUAUAUUCCAAUACAAUCAGAUAAAUAAAGCAAUAUUUUCUUAUGGCUCUGUCAGUAAUCUUUAAUUUUCAACAGACACAAAAGACAAAUUUCCUUUAUAUAAAAAUCCCCAUAACAUGAACAUUAAAUGAAAGAAACCGGUAUUAUUCAAGGCACCAUCAGUAGCCUAUAUUUUCUAUUUUAGCAAAAGUGGGCUAAAUUUACUUCAAAGAAAAAAAUAAUAACAGCAAUUUUCGAUCAUCCACUCAACUGAAAUAUUUUUAAAAUAUAAUUGGAUUGAAAUACAAUAAAAAUGUGUUUCGUUUCAUAAUGUCGUCUCAGAUUAUACUCUUUCAGUACCACCACACUUUCUCCACACAGAAGACACACAGGUUUUCCAGCUACCUCCGUGAACAUAUACUCCGACUCCCACCUUGUUUGAAACCCCCGGUUCUCAGUGUCCACCUUCCGUUUUGCCAUUUUUGAUGGGCAUCUGAAAGUUAAUUUUACUGUUAUGCUGACGACUGCUGUGCUAAUAAAUAUUGAAAUGAAGCAGCCUACUGCUCGGUGCGUCACCGUUGCAUUGUGGGAAAUGUAGUAUUGGUGCGUGUAAAAGAUCUGCGGGCUGCCGGCUUGCUGCGGUCUGCGGGCCGGUUCUAAUAAUAAAUCAAGAUCAUCCCAGGGGCCGUAAAAAGCCUUGACUCUGACAUAUGUGAUCCAAAGACUCUAUACUUUGGUUUCUGUGAGGCGGCUCAGCUCAGAUUUUCAUUCGUUCAGGUGUUUUAAAAACUCUGUCCAAAGCUCCUCUUUUCACUGAAGUCUCCAUUAAACACAGACGGACCGAGGGGCGAACAUGUUGAGCCUGAAUUUUACAAAACCUCACCGAACUCUGCUGUUGUAAACCUCUGAGAACACCCGUCUGUCAUAAAUCAGAUUUUAUAAUAAAAUUCACGCCAUGAAAUCUUCUGCUGCCAAUCCUGUUCCAUGAAUCAGUGAAAGUUUUGAGUAUAAAUCUCCUCAUGGCUGAAAAUCCGUGUUUUACAGUCCUGCAGACUUAAGAUCCUGAUCUCUUAUUUCAGAUCAACUCUCCUCAUCAUCUUCCUCUGAGAGGCUGUGGGAAGGUGGUUCAGGCCGCGUGUGGAGGGACACAGGUCGCCAUUCUCAACGGUGAGUCUGCGUCCCUCAAACACAAGUCAGACGCGGAGUAAGAAGUCUUUCCCAGACUCUCAGUCUCCGUCUUCUACUUCUGAAUAAAUCUUUUGAGCCUGAACUUCACCGCAGAUCCAGACAAAGCGAAGUUUUCAGGAAGUUACGAUGAUGGUUUGAGACUUUUUUGGACACUUGUUCUGUUGUCGCUGAAAGAAAGUGAGAAAAAAAAUGAUAAAAACUGAGGGACCCUGCAGAUUUAUACGACUUAAAGGUGGUUAAUAAACAUGGAUUAUAAUAUCUGAAUUAUUAUAUAUUAACCCUUUAACUUCAUCCACUUAAACCGUCUGCUCACGUGUCUCUGAAUCUUCGCAGAUAAAGGAGAGGUCUUCGUUUGGGGGUACGGCAUCCUGGGAAAAGGCCCCCGUCUCUCCGAAUCCUCGACCCCGGAGAUGAUCCCCCCCACGCUGUUCGGACGCUCGGAGUUUACCCCAUCGGCCGCCAUCACCGCAGUCAGGUGUGGCCUCCAGCACUUCGCAGCAGUGACAGGUGAGGACGGCGUGACGUCUCUCAGUCUGAUCAGAUCACCUGAGAAACGGCUUUUAUUUAAAUCCACGAUCAGUCGACCUUCGUCUGUUUCAAACCAGGAUAAGAGACGAAAACGUAAAGUCUGUCUGGAGAAGGAGUUCACUGUCGAGUCAGGUCAUUUAAUCUGAAGGACAAAAAAGCGUCUGUCCUUUUGUCUGUCUGGUUUUUAUCUCUGAAGCAGCUUCCAGAGAGACGGGCCGGAGUCUCUGGGUAAAUGUGAUGACGUGAACAGAGAGAGAGAUCGACCGAGACGAAGUGAAAUCCUGUUUUUAUGAGUCAGACUUAAACUUUUAAACCCGAGACAGAAGGAGAGCCGAGACACAGAGUCAGGGAAUCCUUUCAGAAAAAACAUAAAAACCAGAGAAAUGAACAUUUAACUCCAACAUGAUCCAGAAGAACUAUUUAAGGGUCACUGUUCUUUUCCAUUCACGUAGUUAAACCUCGUAGUUACAGCUCAUGGAAAUGAACGCACACCUGAAAAACAGGUGCAUUCAGCAGUUCUGAUCUAAUCCGGUCGGUCCUCUGUAAAGUUUUCUGGUUUCUAGUUUUUUUCUCUGUUGUGAAAGUUUUGAACUCCAGCCGGCCUCUGCGGCGCCUCGGCGUGUGUCCGGCCUCACAGCGUGACGUUUCUGUUUGAUGGUUUCUCUGCAGAUCGAGGCGAGCUCUUCGUUUGGGGGAAGAAUGUGAGAGGUUGUUUGGGCAUCGGGAAGAAAGACGACCAGUACUUCCCGUGGAGAGUAAGACAACACUGACUCAAUAUUAUCCCUGCAAACACGCAGCUGAUCCACUGUGAGGAAAACUAACUCUUCACCGUGACCGCUAGAUUACAGCUGCAGUUAUUUAGACCGACACUGAAAAACAGCUCAUCUUCAUUUGGCAUUUACAUCAACAAUUACUUCAGCAGAUUUGACUUUAUUACAGUGAUAAUAGUCACUACACUGUGAGCACAAUUAUCAGGCAAAUAUUUUGACCGUAUCAUCAUUUUUAUGCAUAUUUUCCAACUCCAACCUGGAUAAACUGAAAUACUUAUUGGAUAUAAGUAUAUCAGGUGAUGUGAAUUUGUGUAAUGAGGGAGGGUGAGGCCUAAGGAGAUCAACACCUUAAAUCAAAGUGUGCAGAAUUAUUAGGCAGCUUGUUUUCCUCACGAUAAAAAAGAGAUUGAAGAGACUCUGAAAACUCUCUCAGAGGGAUGCAGCACUCUUGAAAUUGCUCGGAUAUUGAUCACAGAACUAUCAAACAUUUUGUUCCCAAUAGUCGACAGUGUUGCAAGAAACAUGUUGAGAAAAAAAAGACGCAAAUUAACUGUCGAAGAUUUGAGAAGACUGAAACGUGAAGAUACCAGGAACCCGUCAUCCUCCAGAAGAACCAGGUGUUCAGUUUUCAGAGACACGACCGAGGUAAAGAAGACUGAAAUCAGACCACCACUGAAUAAAACACAAGAGUUAAAACAUCAAGACUGGACCGAGAAACAGCUGAAGACAGAUUUUUAAAGGUUUUAUGGACUAAUGAGAUCAGAGGGACUCUUGACGGACCAGAUGGACGGGCCUGUGGCUGGAUCAGUAACGGGUACAGAGCUCCACUUCAGGGUUCUGGUAUGGGCUGGUAUUAUUAAAGAUGAGCUGGUUGGACCUUUUCGGGUUGAAGAUGGACUUAAAAUCAACUCCUAAACCUGCUGCCAGUUUUCAGAAGACACUUGAUUUUGAUGCAGGACAUUUCUCCAUCACAUGCAUCGAAGUCCUCCACCUUAAAAAUGAACGAAUGAUGGCGUGGCCCCCUUCCUCAGCUGACCUAAACCCUACUGAGAACUUGUGGGACCUUCUUAAACUGGAGAUUUACGGUGAAGGAAAACAGUCGACCUCUCUGAUCAGAGUCUGGAGUCUGAGGUUGAUCAAGAAACUGACAGACUCCACAAACUGAAGGUUCAUGACUGUUAUUGAUAAGAAGGGUGGAUAUAUGGGUCAAUGAUUUUAUUUUAAAUGUAAAAAAAUUAUUAUUAUUCUCACUUUAAGGAAUGAAAAUAGAAAAGUUAGAGAGGAACAUUCUCAUUUUUAAUUUAGCUGCAUAAUAAUUCUGCUCACUAAUAGUUUCCCAAUAAUUGUGCACAUGUAGAUAUUCUCCUAAAGAAAUCCAAAAUCUCACUUUUACUCUCUUAAAUAUUCAGGUUUGAGGUUUAUUAACAUUUUAGAUUGAUCGAGAUCACAGUAGUUGUUCAAAAAUAACAUUAACUCUCAAAAAUACAACUUUCCUAAUAAUUCUUCACACAGUGUAAAUCUACAGAUCUGACAUGUUCAUGAUCGAGUGAAGCUAAAAUCAUAAUGAAAUUGAAACUUGUUUAAUCACUCAGUUCUACUGUCCACAUUUCUAUUAAAAAAAUAAGGAAGGACCUGAAAAAAACGACUUUUUUAGUACUUUCUCAUCAGUUCAGGUAAAUAAUGUCUAAAAUACUUAUUUUAAAUCAUCCCUUUAAAAAUCUCAGGAUUUGGGAAAGUGUCAGAGUCUGCCUCACGGGUUUUAAGGGGAAGAGCUGAUUCUGCGACACUUAGACGUUGGUUUUUUUUUUUCCACUUUGAGAGUUUAGAGGAAAAUGAAUCUUUGGGCCGAUGGAGCAGAAAGUUCAGUUUUCUCAUUUAACUCUGGAGUUAAACCCAACACUGAAAAUCACUCACUCUCAUUUCAUUUUAACCGUCUUCUUCGUGAUCCUCUCUCCACCAGGUGACGGUGCCGGGACAGGUCCUGGAUGUAGCGUGUGGUGUUGACCACAUGGUGGCACUGGUGAAGUCCCUCAUCUGA